CAGACGCACUGCUGGCCUGGAGGGUCGAGGCGCCUGCGCAGUCGCUCCUCCUUAGGCGGCAGCCAUGGCGGGUCAAGAGGAUCCGGUGCAGCGGGAGAUUCACCAGGACUGGGCGAACCGGGAGUACAUUGAGGUCAUCACCAGCAGCAUCAAGAAAAUCGCGGACUUUCUCAACUCGUUCGAUAUGUCUUGUCGUUCAAGACUUGCAACACUAAACGAGAAAUUGACAGCCCUCGAACGGAGAAUAGAGUACAUUGAAGCACGGGUGACAAAAGGUGAGACCCUCACCUAGAACUGUGCCAUGCUGCUGCUGGGAAGUUGCUUUACAGAACACAGGCCUACGUGGGAAAGGCCCCAGCAGCCUCAGCUCCUUCCUCUCUCCUUAAAGAGCAACAGGGCUUAUUCUUGUUUUUCUUUUUUCAAAAGCGUGGCCUUUGGGCUCUGCCAUGUACAUCGGUGUGUGAUGUGGCAUGUGGGAAGAAGUCCAGGGGAACUCUUGGAAACAACAUUAGGCAUUUUACCUUUUAAGUAACAUUUUGUAGAACUGUUUGUCAACGUAUUUGAGGCGUGCAGAGCCAGACGCCUGGGACUCUUUGUUAAGGUCCUCCCCACCUCCUUUUCUCUCUCUCUCUGUCUCUCUCUGUCUCUCUCUCUCUCUCACACACACAACACACACACACACACACACACUUUCCUUACAGCUCUCAUUGCCUCUGCAUUGGUUCUAUAAACAGUCUUUGUCUCCUUUCCACCUUUGGUGGGGGGGUGGGAGGCAGUCCUGUCUGAGACACUUAUGCCCCAGCAAGGUGGCCACAAGAGAAUGUUGUUGGUAACCCACCAGUUUCUUGUCCUUUUGGGGAGGUCAAGGCCAGGCCCCCACUUGGCUUGAAGGGACAUUUUCAGAAUUUUCUUUCUGUCACUUGGGGUGUCUUUGCCUCUCAUAUUUCCCUAAUAAACUCCUCAACUUUA